AUGGGAGGGGAGGAGCUCAGCAAGUUUGGCUUACCUGAAAUUGAUCGAAAUUGGCUUGGAGAAGGAAGGAUAGAUAUCAAUCAUGAAGAUGACUUGAAUCCAUCAAAAAUCUGCACCUUAGUCAGCUCGGUUGAGGAACUUAUUGAAGAAGGUUUUUCCAAGUAUAAUUUCAAAUUACAUAAAUGCUGCUUGGUUGUGCUAAAGAGCAACAUAGCACCAAAGAACGCUACUGUGUAUAAUUUAAAUGAAAGACUUGGGGAACUUUUAGCAGGAAACAAACAUAAUUACAAUUCUAUAGUCUCUGUUGUGGAUGAAUCAGAAAUAGUCAAUUUCCCGGUUGAGUUCUUAAACUCACUGCAGCCACCAGAAGCUCCUUCUCAUUACUUUCCAUUGAAAAUAGGCGCACCUAUCAUGCUUUUGCGCUAUCUUUCUCAACCAAAGCUGCGAAAUGGCAAGAAAAAAAUGUUAAAUGUCAUACAGGCCACAAUAGUUUCUGGCUGUGGAAAAGGUGAUGCUUUAUUCUUCGCUUACACUUAA